AUUUAUAACUUACAUCUUAUUAGUUUUUAAAUAUAAAAUGUCGCAAUGGAGAGGAUCCUAUUCAAAUGAUGAGAGAAGCACAUUCAAUCAAAAUCAACGUGGAGGAAGUGGGUUUGGUAUUGCACCCUUAAUGAGGCCAGUUUCACCUGCAACUAGAGGUAGUUUUUAUGGAGGUGCUAAUAGUUGGAGCACCCCUCAAGCACCCCGAUCUCAAAUAAACAAUCAAAAUAAUGCCAGAUCUCAAUCAGUUAAUAGAGGUGCAUAUAGAACACCAGGUAGAGGGGAAGUAAUUCGAAUGGGGCCAUCUAAACCAUUGCCCACAAAAGCAAAUGAAUUAAAUGCUGAUGACAUAAAAAAUACAACUGCAGCUCCUGAAAUCAAAAAAGAAGAUUUAGUUGUAAAGUCGAAUGAUAUGAAAAAAGACCCAUUAGCUUUAAGAAAUCAAGAAGUUGAUAAAAAAGAAGAGAAGAAAUUUGAGCCGAUGGAAGAUAUAAAGCCAAUAGUUGAAACUCGAAAAGAAAAUCCAAGAAUUACACUUGAUUCAUACAAUAGUGAACUUCAUGUUCAAAUUGAAGAGAACGGUUUUGUUGGAUCAAUAAUGAGGGGUGAAGGUUUUGAAUAUAUGUGGGGAGGUGUUCGUGCAAGUCAUGGUGUAAUUAAGGGCAAGGUCUGCUUUGAAGUGCACCUUCUAGAAGAGCUUAAAGUGAAUAUUGCAGACGAAAAUGACUUGUAUGUUUCACGUGUUGGUUGGAGCAUUGAUGGUUCUGAUUACCAACUUGGUGAAGAUAAGUUUUCAUGGGGUUAUGGUGGGACUGCUAAGUCUUCCAAUGAAUGCAAAUUUCGUGACUAUGGAAAACGUUUUGGAGUUGGAGACACAGUUACUUGCUAUGUUGAUUUAGAUGCUUCUCCAAAAGCUAUAUUCUAUAUGGUAAAUGGUGAAUAUCUUGGAGUAGCAUUUCGAUUUACAAAUGAGCUUACAAAGUCCCAAGCUUUGUUUCCACAUAUUGCUUGUAAAAAUAUGAAAUUUCGUGUAAAUUUUGGUGCUCAACCUCCUAAGUUCCCUUUAACUAAUGGUUUUGUUUUGAUUCAGCAUGCAUCUGAGUUGAUUAGCCCUCCUCCAGGACCAACUAAACCAGAAGAAGCUGAAAUAAUUAUGAUGGUUGGUCUUCCUGGAAGUGGUAAAUCCUACUGGUGUGAAAAAUAUGCUAGUGAUCAUAAGGAAAAAAAAUACUACAUUUUGGGCACUAAUUUUAUUAUUGAUAGAAUGAAAGUAUCAAAUUUGGGAAAAAAACGAAAUUAUCAUGGUCGUUGGGAAGAGCUUAUUAAGCGAGCAUCUGCUAUUUUAAACAAGUUGUUUGAUGUAGCCAAAACAAGACCCAGGAACUACAUACUUGAUCAAACUAAUGUGUAUUUUACAGCAAGACGCAGAAAAAUGGAAUCAUUUCGUGGCUACAAACGCAUUGCAGCUGUACUCAUCAAUAAACCAGCAGUCCUUUCAGACAGAAUUGAAAAGCAAAAAAAAAUUGAAGGAAAAUUUAUACCAGAUGAAGCUGUUCUUGAAAUGAAAAAAAAUUUUACACUUCCAGAAGUUGGUCCAUCAUUUGAUGAUGUUUGGUAUAUUGAGGAGACUAUGCCAAUGGCCAGAGAAUUAGUAGAAAAUUAUCGAAAAGAGGGUGACCUUAAACAUGGAGUUAAAAGAUCUUUUCCUGAUAAAGAUGAUGGAAGAGUUAUUGAUGAUAAAAAGCCACGAACAGCGCCUGGUAAUCUUGCUCCUGUUGCUUUUGGACAACAUAAUAAAGAACUUCCAGACUCCAUACAUAAUAGAAAUAACAUUGGGUUUCAAAGUGAUAGACUUGCUCCCAAACCUUUGACAGAAGUUGAACGUUCUCAAAUAUCUCCCAGAUCAGAAACCAGAAGUCGUUCAACAAGUUUAAAAAGGUCUGAAAGGCAACUAGAUGUGACUCAUGAAAGAAUUAAUAGUAGAGAUCGCGGUAGAGAUAUUAAAGAUGAGCGCAAUGAAAGAGACGCCUUUAGAAGAGAUGAUCGCAGAGAACCUUUAUACAGGGAAUCUGCACCAAAAGAAGAUCGCAGGCAUAUAGCAUCUAAGGAUGCAUGGUCUGAUUAUACAAAAGGUGAAGGACGUGAAUUACCUGUACAAGUUGAUAAAAGGGAUAUAUUACCUAGAGACUACAGAAGAGACAUAGUGAUGAGGGAUGAUCAAGGAGUUAAUUCACAAAGAUUAAGGGAUGCAAGUGAAAGAAAUGACAAGAGAGAUCUCUUUACAAGAUCUGAUAAUGAAAGCUCUUUCUAUAGAAAUGAUAAUCAAGGUUCAUUAUACAGAGGUGAUAGAAUUAACACAUUUGACAAUCAAAGAGAUAGAUUAUCUAAAGAGCAUGACAUUUCCUUUAAUGAUCAAAGUAAGGAUUUGCGUGAUUCUAGAAAUGAUGAUUAUAAUGGAAUGCCAGGUGCAUACAGAGAUGUCAUGAGAGAUUCAGUUUUAUCUAAUCGUGAGCGUCUUAGAGGCAGUUUCCCAUCACAAGCUGCAUAUGAGUCGUAUCUUAGGGAAAAUACUCCUUAUUCAACUAAUAAUGAAUAUCAAGACAAUGUAUUUAGAGAACGCGAUCAUGAAAGUCAUAGAGAGUAUCUGGGUAGAGAAACUCGAGAUCCUUAUAAUAGGGAUAUGUAUUCUAUUCAAGAAAGAGAUUUGUCUCAAAGAAGACAAGAUUAUCCAGUUAAUCAGCAUGGAAGUGUUUAUGAUGGACCUGUACAUCUUAAAAAUGACCUUAAAAGGCGCCCCGAAGAAACAAUUGCUCCGUUAAUGUCAAGGGAAGAAUAUAGAAAGUUGCCAAACUCAGCAACAUAUAAUCAAAGAGUAGCAGAAGCAGAUGUUGCUGCAAACUUUAGAGACGAACGAUAUACCGAUGGUAGAGUGGCUGAUUAUCGUGAUGUACAAAGAUCUUCUUUAUUCCAAGACCCUAAAGUUUAUCCUAAAAGCCAAAGCAAUCUUCAGAACUAUGAUUAUGUUGGUGGAAGCAAGUCUGAAGAUUACUCUAAACAGUCUCAAUUUAGUGAUAUAAGGUACAGUGAUGCUGCAGUUGCCUCAAGAAAAGACCCUUAUACUGCUUUAAAUGAUCAACCGUUGCGCAAAGUACAAGAUUCAAGUUUAUUAGAUCCUGAAAGAGAUCAGUACUUUGAUCAAGCUAAUUCAUUACAGAAAUAUGCAAGUAGUAGACCUUAUGAUAAGCAAGAUAAAGAUUUAGGUGGAAAAUAUUCUUAUCAAGCAUAUGAAUCUAAAUCAAAAGAUGAUGGACUAAGAGCUGGUUUGAAACCAUCAUCUUACUAUGAUCAGGUUGGUCAUAAUAUACAUGACCCUAAACUUUACCCAGAAAUGUCUAGAAAUGAUUAUUUAGUUUCAAAUGUCAAAGGUUAUUCCCUCAAUGAUGAAUAUGAUAGAAGUUAUUUAGACAAUCGUGGUAUUCGAAACAACAAAUCAGAUAAUAAUCUUAGUGACCAACCCUAUAGUAGAGAUUAUCCUGAUGUAAAAACUGUAGAUAUUCAAAGGCGUGUAGAUUCAAGGUGGAAUGAAAGAAGUGGAAUUCAGGAUGAUUCUUCAAUGCAACUGAAAUCUCGACAGGGACAUGUCCAAGAUUCUUUGCCAUCUAAAUACCAGUCUGAUGUUAACGCUAGAGAAAGCUUAUACAAAAGGCCUCCAACAGAGAGAUAUGAAACUUCAAACGUAUCUUUGUCUUCUUAUACUGUAACUCAUGCUAGAGAGGAUUUACGAGAUAAACAAUUACGAAACGAAAAUGUUCGAUAUAGUUCUGACUUAGAUUACCAUAAAGAUCAGCAGGGUCAAAAACAAAUUCACAAACCAUUAAAUGAUGCUUCAGCAUCUCAGAGCUAUCAAACACAGAUGACAACUUCUACUGCUAAUUAUCAGCCUGUGAAAUAUGUUGGAACAUCUUUAUCUUCCCAAAAUUAUCGUGAGCAAAGUUUUAUGAAACCAAAUGAAUCAUUAAAUCAGUCAGCAUAUAAUCAGUAUAUACCCCAAGCUAACGCAUUAUCUACAAGUAUGCCCCAAAAACCUAAUACAGAAGCAUUACCAGGAAGUCAGAGCUAUGAACAACAGCAGCAGGAUUAUCAAAAAGCUUAUAGUCAAUGGUAUGCCAAUUAUGCUCAAGCAUUUGCUCAAUUGGCACAGCAGAACGUAAAAUAAACUUAGUUAUUAAGCGAUUAAACAUUUAUGAAAGUCAUAUAAGUAGAUGAGACAUCUAGUGCAUUUUUAUUCAUAUAUUAAUUUUUAUAUGAUUUUAAUUACUGGAUAUAUUAUUUCCUUCUUUAAAAAAUAGUAGUAUGCUUUAAAGCUUUUUUAUAUUAUUGCAUUUUAAACAAUAUGAAACAAUAAAGAGAUAUAGAAAUUAUUCUUUGUUAAAGUUUGCAAAUUUUGAUUUUUAUAACCAUUUGUUUAAUUAAAAACAUUUGCAAAGAUUACUUUGAAAUAAAAUAAGUGUUAUUUGUUUGUAAGCAUAUAUUUAUUUAAUUCUUUUUAUUUGAUAUUGUUUUCAAUGUACAAGCUAUAAUAUUUGGUUAAUAAAAGUGUACUGAUAGUAA